GCCAAAUAAAAAAUAUACAUUUAAUAUAUAUUCAUAAUAGUGUUUAUUAGAUACAUCUCAAGCAUCUGUCAUACACGUAUGCCCAUUGACGAGUGCUGUUAUAAAAUACAGUGCAAAUAUUAGACUGUGCAGUGCAUUUAAAUACCUACGAUUUUUACGUCAAAAAUUAAAAUGACUAAAUCCAAAGUUUUAGCAGUUUACGUAGUAACAAUCAUAUUAGUUGUAUCAUUAUUUGAGUCGACCACAAAAGCCGGUCUUGCACAACGUGAUGAACCAAUGACUAUCGUUUUAAAUUCAAACGAUUAUCCGGAAGACGAAAUUAAAUACGUCCAAGAAAAUAACAAUUUUACAGAUAUGUCAAACGAUGAGUUGUUUGUGGACGAUUCAGUGACCACUACACCGAAAGAACAUACAAUGAGAAGCACUACCGAAAGUCCUUCCGUACCACCAGUAAAUGAUGAUCAGGCGACAAAAUCUACGACUAGGACUAUGACAAUGAAUACAAAGACAACGACAACUACAACUACAACAAAUUCAACCACUGUUACGUCUACAUCGACACCAACGACCAUGUCUUCGACAACCACAACUGCGUUGACGAUCUCGUCAACGUCUACAAUGUCUGGAACUAGACAUUGAAUUUUUGAACUUUAUUUAUUUAUUUAUUUUUUUCAAUAUUAACUUGCCAGAGUAAGCUGUAUAACUAACAAAAUAAGUACUAAACAUUGAUUGAAAAUCGUUUGGACUAUUAUAUUGACAAAGUGAUGUCUCAAUUUCCAUAUUAAUUAAAAAAAUCUAUGCAUGUACAUUGUACAUUCAUUAGUCAUCACAUUAGAUUAUAUAUUUGACAUUUUGAAUGUGGAAAAAUUCCUCCUUCAUCUUGUAUUGUACAUAAUCUGAUAUUUUCAAAAAAACAGUUUUUUGUGGCCUUUCACAAUAUAUUCGGAGAUAUUCAAUAAAAUUAUUGAUCUAAAAGAUGCUGCGACGUCGCCUUAAGGUGUACAAUGCGUUUCUAAAAUGAUGGUAGUUUAUUUUCACUGUGAAAAAUACGUUAAACUAGUUUUUUUCAAAAAAAUUAAUUUUCCGUGCAACUUUCUUAACUUUUUCUUUCAUCAGAACCUUGUUCUGAUAAUUACGAAUACAACAAAAUAAAAUUAGUGAAAUCAGUCCAGCUGUGAUGCCGUGGCCAAGGGGAAUAGGGAUUCAUUUACAAAUUUAUAUGGAUUGAUAGGUAUAGAUAUUUUGUUAGAAAAAAAAAAUACAAUUUUUUUUUUUGAAGCAGUGAAAAUUCUAUAGUUUCUUAUCACUUUCCAAAAUA